ACUUAAAAAAAUAUUAUUUAUACGAAUACAUAGCCCUCUCAGUCUCACACCCUUAAUAGUUUAGUCCCCAAUACUCCUUUCCUCAAAACAAAAAAAAUUCUACAAAAGCAAAAAAUUGCCUGUUCACUUCUCAGCUUCCUUCUCAUCCUUGGGCAAAACUCGGUUGGCCUGUUUCACAAUUCAGAGCGCAAUGACAGUGAGCAUCAGAGACUACCAAAUCACCUACGAUAUCACCUUCUUCACGGACCAGAUCCACACUCUAGUCACCAACACUCCCUCCCUCGUCGACCAAUGGAUUACCGAAACCCAACAACUACUUCACCAAAACCCUACCAUCGUUGGCCUAGAUGUCGAGUGGCGUCCCAACGACCGCUAUACCAAGAACCGAAUCGCCACUCUACAGCUUUGCAUUGAUCACAGAUGCCUCAUUUUUCAGCUCAUACAUUCCCCAUUUAUCCCACAAUCUCUUGUCGAAUUUCUUCUCAGUAAGAAUUUCGUGUUUGUGGGGGUUGAAAUUGGGAAUGACGUUGAAAAGCUGGUGGAGGAUUAUGGGUUGAGUGUGAGAAACACAGUGGAUUUGAGGAACUUGGCUGCGGAGAAGCUAGGAAUUAGGAAGAAUGCUGGGUUGAAGAAUUUGGCCAAGGAAGUGUUGGGGAAGGAAAUUAAUAAGCCCGAGAUAGUCACAAGGAGUGAAUGGGACAAUCAAUGGCUUACUUCUGAUCAGGUUCAGUAUGCUUGUCUUGAUGCCUUUGUGUCUUCUGAAAUCGGCAGGAGAUUGAAUUCUUCUUCUUCUUCUUCUUCUUCUGCUUCUGCUUCUGCUUCUUCUUCUGCUUCUGCUUCUGCUUCUUCUUCUGCUUCUGCGCUGCUGCGGCUGCUGCUGCGGCGGCUGCGGCUGCUGCUGCGGCUGCUGCUGCUGCUGCUGCUGCUGCUGCUGCUGCUGCUGCUGCUGCUUGAGGACUAAUUGCUUAAAAUUUCCAUGCUGCUUUCUCUGGAAAGCUUGUGAACUUUGGAUACUUCUCAAAUUUUCUGUUUGGCUUGUGUUUUGUUUGCUGUUGUGGAGAUGAUCAUUGCAGUCAAAUAAAUAAAAAAUAUGUUGAAAUGGA